AGUGUGGAAUCAAGCUGUAAUCAAGAAUAAGAUAAGAAUAGAAUAACUAAAAGAAAGCUUAUGACUACGGAGUAUUGUUGUUGGUGUGCUAUUUGUUUAUCCUUUGGUAAAUUUAAGUAUCAUAGUGCAAAUCUGAUUAUAUUCAUAAUGUAUUCAAAGAAUGAUGCCUUACAGAUUUAGAAAUAGUUCGUUAGCUUAGGUACUCCAAUUUUAGCCAGUGUCCAUGGUUUAGCCUGGCCAAUUGCAUAGCGUAAAGGCAUGCUUCAUAUUGUUAAAAGGACUAAGCAGUUAGACGAUAUAAUGCCAUUCAAGUAACAACAUCAUAAUAGUCAGUGUUUUUAAUGUAUAAGUCAAUCAGAGGUAUCAAUGCUUUCUAUGUAUAGUACGUGAUUGGCUUGGGAAGCAAACGACCUUAUGGCUUUCAAGUGCCUUUGAAACCAUACCGUGCGAAUUGCAUAAAAUAACAGGUCUAAAUUACUGUUAAGAAUAAUCUUUCACACUCAGAAGAUUCGAUUAACACACUUCCUGUGUAGAUCUUAUCUUUUCUCAAAGACUUUCCUUCCCCUUAGAUUGUUAUUUUUCCGAAAUAUUGUGAUUUCAUGUUGGUUUUUAGAAUAUCAUGGACUGAUUGUAUAGGUCUAGUUUGAAGAACCAUGAUGAUGAGUUUGCCUGAUUGUUUAUCUAACUAAGCAUAUCGGGAGUAAUAGAAGGAUUCUAUGGACAUGAAACUAUUCCGCUUUUUUCUCACUUUCUAAUUAAGGAUUUACUAAAGGGAAGAAAGUCAAAUUCAGCACAAUGUGCUAUAGUCUAAUUAACAGUGUAACCGUGAAAUUGUAAUUUCAAGAUUGGGGAAAACGUUAUCGUGUAACUAACUAAAAAAAUUGUUUCUUGACAUCUUGUCAGUUUUAGAUCCUCUUAUUGAUGUCGCCGUUCUCAUAAUUCAAUCAACAUAUGUGCGCUAUCCUAUAGAACUUUCGGAUAUUGUUUUGAGUUCUCAUAGUUCACUAUGAGGUUUAAACAGCUAAUAAUAGGCUGUGAACAAUGUAUUUAUUGUUUUUUGUAGCCCUGUUUAUCCAGUUUACUUUCAAAGCAGAAUCGAGCAUAUUCUCACAACUAAGACAAUAUCAGUUAUUCGACAAACCAUUCUUUCGUACUACACGGGAUAUUAAUGGACGUGAGACCAAGCAAACUAUGUUUUAUGCUUGGGGAAGGUCAUGGUAUCUUAUUCUACAUCGUGAAAUAUCGUUUCGUACAUCUAACUUCACUGUCAGAUUUAUUAGCACCAGUCGGACUCGCUCUUUGCAUACAAAGACUAAAUAUGCAGAAUUGUACACUGGAUAUGUAUCAGAGUCAAAGCACUCAUUUGUGUUAGCACAUCUGGAUGAGCACAGAUCAGUGCUAAGUGCACAUAUUCAUAUAAAUUCAGAUGUAUAUGUUAUUGAACCUUUGGCCGACUAUGCAGUUUACACUGGAAAUAAUUCUAUGUUAAUGUAUCGUCUGAGAGAUAUUCACGUGAUACAAUCAUCGAGUAAACCAAUGCACUAUACUUCGUCAACUACAUUUUGGCCCAUAAAAACUGACACUUUUGAUGAUUACAACAGACGAAAACGUUCAAUUUCACACGAAGCACAACAUAAAUUUUGCCGUUUAACUCUUAUAGCUGAUUAUGCUUUUUACACAAAUUUGGGUAAUAAGGAUGGACCAAAAACAAUCAGUCAUAUUAUUAAAUUAUUCGAUAGGUUAAAUUAUCUUUUUCUUACAUCGAAAUUUUUGGAUAAUCAAAAUGGUGAAAUGACUGGUUAUGGAUUUUUACUACAAGAGAUUGUAAUUCAUGAGUCAUGGACAUCUAAUGCUGGGCAUUACAAUUCACCAACUGAUAUAGGCGGGAAAAUGUGGACAGCUACAUCUUUGUUGCAGGCAUUUAGUCGUUUCGAUGUGAAACAAUCCUGUCUGGCUCAUUUACUUAGUUAUAAAAGAGUAGCUGAAGGUAUUUUAGGCAUGUCUUGGUUAGCUUCUCCAGAUCCUCAAAAAUUGGGUGGAAUUUGCUCUUUACCAUUUCGACAAAAGAGUAAAGGAAUUUUAUAUUUAAAUACAGGAUGGACUACUUAUGUUGAUUAUAAUGGUCAACAACUUGUUAAUGCGUUAGCUGAAUUAAUUACAGCUCAUGAAUUAGGCCAUAGUUGGGGUGCAGAUCAUGAUCCUGAUACAAAUGAAUGUAAUCCAACGGCAACAAGUCAUGGAAAAUACUUGAUGUAUACAUAUUCGGUUUCAGGGUAUGCAGAAAAUAAUGGAAAAUUUUCACCAUGUAGCUUACGUACAAUUGGUGCUUGUUUAGUUAAUCGUGCUCCAUUGUGUUUUGAUGAUUCAUCAUCAGUGGCUUUUUCAAAUCUCUGCGGUAAUAGUCGUAUUGAUGAAGGUGAAGAAUGUGAUGCUGGUCGAAAUCCACAUGAUCGUUGUUGUAAUUCUGAUUGUUUACUUAAAGUGGGUGCUCGUUGUUCACCAUGGAAUCAUGCUUGUUGUACUUCUGAUUGCCAGUAUGCAUCGAAUAAUACUAUUUGUGCACAGACCAGCAAAGCUAAUCCUUGUUUAAGACCUGGUCAGUGUAAUGGUGUAUCACCUAUUUGUCCUGGUCCAAAACUAUUAUCUACUGGUCAUUGUGAUGAAUAUGGUUGGUGUUUUGAAGGCCAAUGUCAUCCAUUCUGUGAUAGUCUUGGUUUAGAAACUUGUAUUUGUGAUGCAGUUGAGGAGUCCUGCUUCAUAUGCUGUUUAUUUCCAAUGUCAGAUCCAAGUUUAAAUCAAAGCAUGACAUGUCUUCCUGUCAUACUGUCUCAGGAUGAAUAUAUAUCACAUUAUGCAAUGCAUAAAGGAGACGAUUCAGACUUUUAUAAAUCAUACUCACUGAUACGUUAUUCAAAACGAGCUGUCUACUCUGUGCAUACAUUUUCACCAUUUUUAUCAUCUCGUAUACUACAUUUAUAUAGCAAGUAUUUAUCAAAUAGUACAUAUCAUUUUACACGUAGUCAGACUAAAGUACUCUCUACAAGUCAAUUGAUGAUGAUGCCAACAGCAAAUCCAGUUUCCUACAAUCAUCAUAAUCCACGUUUAGUGCAUAUUCAUCUACAGGAUUAUCGACCAUGUCAUUAUGGUUACUGCAUGUCAGGCAGAUGUGUUGAAUCAAGAAGUAAGCGAAUAUUAAGGUUUUGGACACCAGUUUAUUAUUCAAGACAGAAGAAUUUCGGUACUAUUGUUUGGGACAACCUAACACUCUCCACAAUCAUUCUUUCUCUUAUUUUGUGGAUACCAUUGAGUGCAUGUGUUGCAUAUUUAAAUCGUUAUCAUCAGUGA